AUGAAUCAAUCCAAUCAAUCUCCUAACAAUACCACCCCCAAUGUACUUGAGAAUGAACAACAGCAUCAUGCUAAUCGUCAACGUCAGCAUCCCGAACAGUUUCACCAAUCCCAGCAACAGCAACUCUACCAGCAGCAACAGUUCCAACAACAACAGUUUCAACAACAACAGUUCCAACAACAACAGCUCCAACAACAACAGCUCCAACAACAACGUCAGCAUUAUCAACAACAGCAAAAUGGGCAACAUAGUGGACAGCAGCAAUACCAUCGUGAACAAUUGGAAAGACAAAUCCGUUUGGAACAACGUCGACAAUUUGAGAGACAUCAAUUGUAUCAAUUGCAGCAACAACGAGAAUUCCAUCCUGACCAUCAGCAACCUCAGCAACAACCUCAACAACAACCUCAGCAACAACCUCAGCAACAACCUCAGCAACAACCUCAGCAACAACCUCAGCAACAGGAGCGUAACUAUCAACAACCUCGACCUCAGCAGCCUCAACAACCUCGACCUCAGCAGCCUCAGCAGCCUCAGCAGCCUCAACCUCAGCAACCUCAACCUCAGCAACCUCAACCUCAGCAGCCUCAACCUCACCCUCAGCCACCCCAACAACCAGAUGAAGAAAUUGAAGAGGAUGAUGAAGCCAUACAGGAAGAGAUCGUAGUACCCGGCCGUCCUGGUGAAUGGAGUAUCGCGAUUGAAAGUAUUUUGCUGCAGUGUAUUUCAGAUGAUAGAUUCUAUCAUAAGCACUCCCGACUUGACAACUAUGGAAAAGCAAGACUAUGGGAGGAACUUCAUGCUAAGUUCGUCCAAGUACCUGAAGUUGUUCAGUAUGCAACUACGCAUACACGAUUCGGGUCCAAAUACCAAAACGUCAAAUACGCCCAGGCCAAAUUCCAGACCAUCAAAAAAAACUUCAGAAAGGUUUUAGCUGAUAUCAGACGUACUGGUUCUGGUGGAGCUCCUCCUGAAACAAGAUAUGAACAUUACUUGAUGAUGAAGGAUAUUACCGCCCGUGAUCCAAGCUUUUGGCCAGCUUAUACCAUCGAAACAUCAACCAUUCAGAAUGGUGUUGCAGGAACUACAAUUAUUACCUCUCUUCAGGAAGAUAAUGAGACGUACAUCAACACGCUGUCAUCUACUCCAGCAUUUGUGAGAAACCGCUUGGCAGAACUUGCUGCCGAUGUCUUGAAUGAAGAUAUUGCUUCGUCUCCCAGUCCCCCUCCCCAAUCAUCAUCAACUACUGCAGCACCAGCACCAUCACCAGCACCAUCAGCAUCACCAUCACUAUCAUCAUCAAGGGCAACACCAGCAUCCACGUCUGUACCAGCCUCAGCAAGAGCUACACCGGCGGCAAGAUCCGUGCCAGCCGAAACACCAGCACCAACAGUACCAGCCUCACCAGCAUCAUCAAGAGCAGCACCAAGAGCAGCACCAAGAGCAGCACCAAGAGCAACAGCACCAACACCAUCAUCGGUACCAGCACCUUUACCAGCAUCAGCACGAUCAACAAACUCUGCUGUACGCACUACCAUUUUGGGUGUACAGCAAGCGUAUUUGCAAAAUGCGGAAAGGCAUACACAAUUUGUCGAGACAGUUAUGAGAACAAUGACGGAGCAAUUUAGCUCAAUCAAUGAAAGUUACCAAAGAUCGCUUUUGGAAGCAGCGGAACACCGUCGAUUGGAUAGAUUAAGUAGAGAAGCCGAGUCAGAAAGAAGAGAAGCCGCGUCGGAAAGAAGAGAAAGAUUAAUGGUACUAGACCGAGAGUCAAGGGAUAAUAAUGCUGCACUUGACAGGAGCACAAGACUAGAGAUGAUGCGAGAUUUGAUGAGUCUCUUCAGUAAUCGUCAACCAGCAGCACCCGUACGAGCCCUCACAACACCAGCACCUACAACACCAGCACCUACAACACCAGCACCUACAACACCAGCACCUACGACACCAGCACCCACGACACCAAGUGUCAACCCUGACGAAGAUAUCUAA